AUCCGAAAACAAUUUUGAAGGCUAUCACAGACUAUGCAUCCUUACCUCUACUUUGAAAUUGACUUAUUUCUGGGUAUUGCAUGGGACAUGCUUUGCCCUAGACGUGAACAACGGAAAAGAAGAGGAAGAACCAGCACUUGAAUGGAGUGAGCGGUGAUAAUAUAUCAAUGCACAUGUUGCUGAUGAAUCUCUUCUCUGUUAUUAGUUCUUGGUUAGUACACCAAUGUUUAAAGCUUUAACCAACUUUAGCUGUUCUCCUCUUUCAAAACCCCAAAAGCUUACCGUAGCCGCCCAGUUAAAAAAUUGUUCUGGGCUUGAGGAACUGAGGUCUGUGUAUGCCACCAUCAUCAAGAGCAAUGAACACAAAGAUAGUUUCUUGAUAAACCAAUUCAUUACGGCCUGUUCGGCUUCCCGUCGACUAGAUUAUGCAAUCCUAGCCUUUAGACAGAUGGAAAAUCCGAAUGUUUUUGUGUACAAUGCAAUGAUCAGAAGCUUUGUCCAGUGUUCUUCUCCAUUUCAAGCAAUAGAAUUGUACCUAGAUAUGUUGAGAGCUCGUGUUCUGCCGUCGAGUUUCACAUUUUCAUCUGUAGUUAAGGCAUGUGCAUUAGUUUCUGCUCUGGGGUUUGGAAAAUCCAUUCAUGGUCAGAUUUGGAAAAUUGGGUUCGCGUCUCAUGUAUUCGUUCAGACUGCUUUGAUUGAUUAUUACUCGAAUUUGGGUAAAAUUCUUGAAUCACGAAGGGUGUUCGGUGAAAUGCCUGAAAGAGAUGUUUUUGCCUGGACAACGAUGGUUUCUGCUAAUGUCCGGGUUGGCGAUUUGUGUUCUGCAAGAAUACUGUUUGAUGAAAUGCCGGAAAGGAACACUGCUUCAUGGAAUACUAUGAUAGACGGCUAUGCAAGGUUGGGGAAUGUGGAGUCUGCAGAAGAGUUGUUUAAUCAAAUGCCUGUGAGGGAUAUAAUUUCAUGGACAGCCAUGAUUUCUUGCUAUUCCCAGAACAAGAAAUUUAUAGAAGCAAUAGCAUUAUUCAAUGAAAUGAAAAAAAAUGGUAUCAACCCAGAUGAGGUAACCAUGACAACUAUUAUUUCAGCUUGUGCCCACCUUGGCGCACUUGAAUUAGGAACUGGUAUACAUCUGUACAUAAUGCAAAAUUGGUUUGAUCUAGAUGCUUAUAUUGGGUCAGCAUUGAUUGAUAUGUAUGCAAAGUGUGGGUGCUUAGACAGGUCUCUUGUUAUGUUCUUCAAAUUGCGGGAUAAAAAUCUGUUUUGUUGGAAUGCAGUAAUUGAAGGACUUGCAGCUCAUGGCUAUGCAAAUGAAGCAUUAGAAAUGUUUAGCAAGAUGGAGAAAGAGAACAUCAAACCAAAUGGAGUUACCUUUGUUAGUGUUCUAGGUGCAUGCACUCAUGCAGGACUUGUUGAAGAAGGUCGCCGGAGGUUUUUAAGUAUGAACCACAAUUUCUCCAUCUCUCCUGGAAUUGAACACUACGGAUGCAUGGUUGAUCUACUGGCCAAAGCUGGUUUGCUUGAGGAUGCCUUGCAAUUGAUACGAACAAUGAAAACCGAACCGAAUUCUGUCAUUUGGGGUGCCUUGUUGAGUGGGUGUAAGCUUCACAGGAACUUAGAAAUUGCUCAAGUUGCAGUCAAUAAAUUGAUACUUUUGGAGCCACAUAAUAGUGGAUACUACAUCCUCUUAGUUAAUAUGUAUGCUGAGGCAAAUCGUUGGAGUGAGGUUGCUAAGAUCAGAACAAUCAUGAAACAACUUGGAGCGGAGAAAUUAUGCCCUGGAUCCAGUUGGAUUGAAUUGGAAAGGAAGAUGCAUCAGUUUGCUGCUUCUGAUAAAUCUCAUAUGGCUUCUGAUGAGAUUCAUCUGUUGCUGGCUGAAUUAGAUGGUCAGCUUAAGCUUGCUAACUGCAUAUCCGAUCUAGGGGUUCUUGUCUAAUGGUUUGUUCUCCUUGAUCAGGAAGUGAUAUCUAAUGGUUACUGGGUUUUUGAAGUACUCACAGUUUUGUUUUGUUGGGUGAAUAUAACAUUAAGGUGACGUGCAGUCAAAGAAAGAAACCCCGAAUAGAGUGCAACUGCAGCAGGCAGCUUCACUUGUGCAUGCUUAUACUAAUUGAUUGUUGUACAGAGCCAGGGAAGCAGCAUAAAGGUGUGUCUCUGUACCAAGCCACGGAAACACCAUAAGGUUUUUGCGCAUACCAUUCUUCCAGAGUCAUGCCCCUAGUGAUCAAAAGCGAGGCAGAAACAAUGUGCUGACAGAGAAGAAAGAUUAUUUCUGGAGAAACUUUGAGACCCAUGAUGAAUAAAAGGCUGAACUUAUGAUUCAUGGCUCAGCAAUAAGGUGUAGAUGCUGAAUUGGUAUUAUUGUUGUAUACAAUGGCUAUAUAGAAAUUGGUGGUGUAGUCUUUAGAAUCAUGCAUUUUACGUGAUCUAAACUUUGAGACCCAUGAUGAAUAAAAAGCUGAGCAUAUGAUUCAUGGCUCAGUAAUAAGAUGUAGAAUUGGUAUUAUUGUUGUAUACAAUGGCUAUAUAGAAAUUGGUGGUGUAGUUUUAGAAUCAUGCAUUU